AUGUCGGAUGCUCGCUUGUCCUCGUUGGACACCCUACGUCUCUCCCAAUCAUUGUCGCACAACGACGCCCAAUCCACACCUCUGGAUUCCCAGACUAACAGGCCAUCGACUUCAAAGCACGAAUCGAAGACGGAUCAUCUCGGAUUCCUACAAGUCCAGUCUGGAACUGACCCUGUCGUCGAGCAAGUACCCCAGCUAUUACACGUGCUCGCCGCUCACCUAGCUUUCCCCGCCAGUAUCGUCGCUAUUCAUGGUCUGCAAGGACAUAGAGAGAAGACAUGGACGACAGAAGACGGAGACUUGUGGCUACGUGACCUCUUGCGUACCGACAUACCCAACGCUCGAGUCCUUCUCUAUGGAUACGACGCCGACACUCGCAGUCGAGAAUGCGUAUCAACCCAAACCAUGCGUCGACAUGCUGAGAAGCUAGCCCAGGCACUCUCACGGAUACGCAAGGACGCUCGACGUCCGAUCAUUUUCGUUGCCCAUGAUCUAGGAGGUAUCAUUCUCAAAUGGGCUCUCGUCAUUUGCCAUAAUGAGAGUUUGACAUCCAAGAGUGGCCUUCGGGACGUGGUCGUAUCCACGCAUGGAAUCUUAUUCUUUGGAACCCCGCACUCCGGCCUCGAAAAUACAAACAUUCUUGAAGGAAUCAACCUCUUGGCGUCGAUAUACAUGGAGACUACCGACAAUAUCAUCAAGGAUCUUCGAUCCAAUUCGGCUGAACUCGAGAACAUUCAGAGUCUGUACGUUGCGGCGAGUGAGAAGAUCAACAGCAUCUUCUUUUGUGCGAAUGUUCCAUAUCACUCAGCCACUAUCUCCGGUGACCGCAACGGGACGCCGAUCGUGCUUCAUGCGAAUCACCGCAACAUGGUUCGAUUUUCAUCCAAAGAUGAAGAAAACUAUAAAACGGUUCAUCAUCGCCUCAAGGAUACGUCGACAAUGCCCCCUGGCAGUGCAGGAGAAGUGGGCUAUAGAGGACAAGCUUCGCACAUAGCUGUAGCAAAUGAAGAAUAUGCUCCUCCAGAGACAUACUGCCUAAACCUCGUCCAUCCGUAUCAGCUACAUCAAGCGAGAGGCGGUCCAGUCCUCAUCACGCAGAAGUUGCUCCGGGUAGUUGCAACGUCAACCAAGCGAGUGCAUAAGCUACGCUCGGAUGGCGCUGUUGCUGUUGGUGAUCUCGAGGAAAACGAGGCGGUCAAUCUGCUUCACAAACUCGCCAAUGCCUCGCCUACAUCCAACACCAAGUCUAUCGAGAUCGUUCAGGAGUUGGGGAUGCUGGCGCUCGCGAUCACUCAAGCAGGAGUGUACAUUCGCAAAACACGGCGACUCGAAACGUAUGUGAACACGUUUCGAAAGCACCGAGACGAACUCCUGCGCAAGCAGCCAGAUUUCGGCAACGAGUAUACAUCGUCGACAUACACCGCAUUCGACCUGUCGUUCCACAAUUUGCCGGCGAAGACGCAAGACUUCCUGAAGAUUUGCGCAUUUCUUCACCAUUCGCUCAUCCCGAUUUCAUUGUUUGAGCACUCGAUAGAGACCAGCUUUACUACAUACACUGUUUUGAAUGACUUUCCUCCCCCUGAGUCUGACAAAACAUUUAUCUCAACGCUCCAGGAGAUUCUAGGCACGGCGUGGAACGAGGUCGCAUUCCAGGAGAUCAUUGACUCGGCAUCUCAAGCGUCAUUUAUCAAUGUUUCGAACGAUGGGUUAUUCUACACCGUGCAUCCACUCCUUCAGAUGUACAUCAAGGAUUAUCUUAACGAUGAAGAUAAUCGACACUAUGCGCGCACGGCGACACAACUCGUACUGGGGGCAAUCCGGCCGUUGGAGGAUAGCAAUGGGCGGCUUUGGCAAUUGCUUCCACAUGCUAGCAAUAUUCCUCGGUCAGUGCAAUCGGAGGAUGUGGCACACGCAUUGGCAUUCUAUAAGCUUUACAACUCGUUGGGUGGCUGGGGGGCUUGCCAAGAACUGCUAAAAUGUGCACUCUCCAAAGUCCAGCAGUGUCACGGUCAACGGCACAAAAGCUCAAUAUGGGUGAUGGUCACGCUUGGGGACAUGUUAGAGAAGUGUGGUCAGUCGGAAGAAGCAGAAAAGAUUGAGCGAGAGGUACUCGCUCUGCGGCUUGGCAUCCUUGGACAGCGCCAUCCAGAUACCAUUUCGGCAAUGGCCAACCUUGCCAACACCUUGAACCAGCGUGGUCAGUUGGACGAAGCAGAGAAGAUUAUGCGAGAAGUACUCGCUCUGCGGCUCGACAUCCUUGGACAGCGCCAUCCGGAUACCAUUUCGGCAAUGGGCAACCUUGCCAACACCUUGUCUGAUCGUGGUCAGUUGGACGAAGCAGAGAAGAUGAUGCGAGAGGUACUCGCUCUGCAGCUCGACAUCCUUGGAAAGCGCCAUCCGGAUACCAUUUCGGCAAUGGGCAACCUUGCCGUCACCUUGUCUGAUCAUGGUCAGUUGGACGAAGCAGAGAAGAUUGAGCGAGAGGUACUCGCUCUGCGGCUCGACAUCCUUGGACAGCGCCAUCCGGAUACCAUUUCGGCAAUGGCCAACCUUGCCGUCACCUUGAACCAGCGUGGUCAGUUGGACGAAGCAGAGAAGAUGAAGCGAGAGGUACUCGCUCUGCGGCUCGACAUCCUUGGACAGCGCCAUCCAGAUACCAUUUCGGCAAUGGCCAACCUUGCCGUCACCUUGAACCAGCGUGGUCAGUUGGACGAAGCAGAGAAGAUGAGGCGAGAGGUACUCGCUCUGCAGCUCGACAUCCUUGGAAAGCGCCAUCCGGAUACCAUUUCGGCAAUGGCCAACCUUGCCGUCACCUUGUCUGAUCUUGGUCAGUUGGACGAAGCAGAGAAGAUGAUGCGAGAGGUACUCGCUCUGCAGCUCGACAUCCUUGGAAAGCGCCAUCCGGAUACCAUUUCGGCAAUGUCCAACCUUGCCGUCACCUUAAACCAGCGUGGUCAGUUGGACGAAGCAGAGAAGAUGAGGCGAGAGGUACUCGCUCUGCGGCUCGACAUCCUUGGACAGCGCCAUCCACAUACCAUUUCGGCAAUGGCCAACCUUGCGGUCAGCUUGUACAACCGCGGUCAGUUGGACGAGGCAGGAAAGAUUGAGCAGGACGUCCUUGCUCUGCGGCUGGAGACUCUCGGUCCGCGCCAUCCAACAACUCUCAAUGCCUCAUACAACCUCUCUAUCACAUUAUGCAAGAAUAAUCAGCUCAAAGAAGCUGCAAUGCUUCUGCAAGAGACCAUGGAACUACGCGUUGAAGUCUUGGCCGAACGUGUCGGAGCAGAACUUAUGUGGGGACUCCUUUCUGGAAUCGAAAACGAGCUCAGUAUCGACGAUUACCUCGCUGAGCGACGACGCCUCCAAGAUCUUGAGUGGCCACUCACCCGUCUCAUGCCAGGUGCAGCCAAACUCGUCUGGCACUUACACAAGCACAUAUCAUGGCCAUAUGUGGUUCCGUCAGACGUCGAAAUCUUUCGGUUAUUCGGCGACAAGAUUAUGUGUGUGAUGACUCGGAGCAUGGAAAGGCUGUUUGGGGUGCCGAAAAGGUUGUACGAGGCAAACCAUCUCGGAUAUUUUCUCUGUGCAGCAGAGUUGAUUGUAGAAAUGUUGGAAGGAAGGCACGAUAUCAGCGAACAAGAGCUUGAGAAGGCAAAGGUUUGGUCUUCAAGACAAUCGGGUGUUUUGGCUGAAAGCAGCUGGGAUGCAAAUCAGUGA